AUGUCGUCGGAUAGCCUGCUACCUUUCCACAAGUCGAUCCUCGAAGAAAUCCACGACCCAAAGGCGAACGACCUCCUGCUGCUCGCUCGUGGUCUCGGUCUUCGUAGGAUAGUAUGCACGCUCAUGCAGAUUUACGAAUCACCUGAAAACCUGGUCGUACUUGUCAAUGCGUCCCCGGAGGAGGAAGCUGCAAUUGGAGAGGAGUUAGGGAUCAUGGGUUGUCGGAGGCCUGGGUUGCGUUCUGUUGGGUAUGAGAUGGGGAAGAAAGAUAGGUGCGAUCUCUACAAGAAAGGCGGUCUCGUGUCUGUUACUUCACGCAUUCUAGUCGUUGACAUGCUUCAGUCUGAUAUGCCAACUGAGCUCAUCUCUGGUCUACUCGUUCUCCAUGCCGAAAGAGUCACUGCGCUAUCACUGGAAGCCUUCAUUGUUCGCCUGUAUCGAGAGAAGAAUAAAGCUGGCUUCUUGAAAGCUUUCACCGACCAACCUGAACACAUUACGUCUGGUCUAUCGCCACUCAAGAAUAUAAUGAAAGAACUUCAACUUCGAAGCGUGCAUAUCUAUCCACGGUUUCACGCGGACGUGAAAGACUCCCUCGAAAAGAAACGCGUAGAUGUCGUAGAGUUAUAUCAACCUAUGACAGAGCUCAUGAGCGACAUCCACCACGCUAUAGUACAAUGCAUGACCAGCACCGUGGCUGAGCUCAAGCGCUCCAAUACUCACAUGGAUCUGGACGACCUGAAUGUCGAAAACGCAUACUUCCGCUCCUUCGACGCCAUCGUCCGUCGCCAACUCGAUCCCGUCUGGCAUAAAGUGGGACCACGGACAAAACAGCUCGUCAGUGAUCUAGCCACUCUUCGCCGAUUAUUAACGUACCUCCUGACGUACGACCCUCUCGCCUUUCAUUCAUACCUCGAAACCAUCAUCGCUUCCAACUCCAUAUCCGCCGCCGGUAACGCACGGCACAACCAAUCGCCAUGGCUCCUCACCGACGCAGCGCAUAUCAUCUUUUCUAGCGCGAAACGCCGAUGUUACACGCUUGAUCAGACCACAUCCUCGUCCGCAAAUGCAUCUCCACAGCCGCGGGUGGAAGAUGAGCUGGACGACGAAGAGGGGUGGAAUGCCCUUGAUGAGAUGGAAUUUGGGAGGCUGAAUCAGACUGAUAAUGUGCGUGGAGCAAAGGGCAAGGGAAAGGCGAAGAGGCCAAGGUGGCUGCCGAAGGGGAUGGAGCCUGUGCUUGAGGAGCUGCCGAAGUGGAAUCUUUUGGCCGACGUUUUGAAGGAAAUUGAGGAUGAGAUUAUGAGGCAGGAAUCGCUCAGUUCCGGUAGGCUCCCUCAUUUUCCUCCCUCAGGAACGAACACCGUCCUCGUCAUGACCUCGUCCACGCAUACUGCGAAUACGGUGUCUGAGUUUCUUUCACGCCUGGAUCCGGAAGCCGAACCAGGCGCGCAGGGACGAAGUAUGUUAGAGGAGAAAUUGAGGCUCUAUCUAUGGUGGAAGUCCAAGCUGUCGAGCGAGAAGAAGCGAGAUGGUGUCAGGCCCGGGUUCUCUGCGCCACGUAACGAUAACUGGGAUCAGAGACAAGGUGGCGAGGGUGAAAUUAGUGAGGCGUUGAGGAGGAAGGAUAGCGAGAGGAGGGAGAGACAGGCGGGGAGGAGGAGAGUAAGGGGAGGAGCUGUCACUGGGGCGGAGAGUACGAGGGAUAAGGGAAAGGAGAGGGAGAGGGAUGCGAGUAUGACUAUGGGGGAGGAGGUUAUGAGGGACGAGGCGGAGAAUCGCGACCUCGCACUCGCACUCGCACUGUCGGAAGAGGACCCCGUGGCCUUUUUGGUCAUGCAGUCCGAGUUCAAUGACUUUUACGGGCUGGUGCCGCCACCACAGGCUGUACUCGUGCGAGCGUACUCCGACGACGGAGAUGAUAGGAUGCUGGCAGAAAUACAGCCUAGGUUCAUCGUCAUGUUCGAACCGAACCAGGACUUCGUUCGACGCAUUGAGGUCUAUCGAAGCUCGAAUCCGGGAUUGGCUGUAAGAGUGUAUUUCAUGCUCUAUCAAACGAGCUGUGAAGAGCAUAAGUAUUUGGCUGGUUUGAGGAAGGAGAAGGAUUCUUUCGAGAAUUUGAUCAAGGAGCGUGGCUCAAUGUUGCUCCCUAUCUUUGAGGACCAACGGGCCGGAACAGACGUAGGAGAAGCUUUGAUCAAGACGAUCUCUUCUCGUGUGGCAGGGGGCAGGAAAGAGGUCUCCACCGAGCCUCCACGGGUCAUCGUGGAUAUGCGCGAGUUCCGCUCAACCUUACCGUCGCUACUACAUGCAUCACAAAUUGUCGUCAUUCCCGCUACUUUGACCGUAGGCGAUUAUGUCUUGACGCCUGAUAUCUGUGUUGAACGCAAGAGCAUACCCGAUCUCGUGUCGAGUUUCAAUAGCGGUCGUUUGUAUACACAAUGCGAACUCAUGUCCGUGCACUACAAGCAGCCCAUCCUGCUCAUCGAGUUCGAAGAACACAAAUCCUUCUCUCUCGAGAUCGUCCAAGACAUGAAAUCGUAUGUGAAACCCACAGCAAAAUAUCCCGCCAAAAAACUAGGCGGUGCCCAACCAGAAGGCUUCGCCUCGGGUCUACCGUCCAUCCAAUCCAAGCUUGUCCUCCUGACGCUCUCCUUCCCUCGCCUUCGCAUCAUCUGGUCCUCCUCCCCGUACGCCACCGCCUCCAUCUUCAACGAUCUCAAGGCCAGUAUGCCCGAACCGUCUCCCGCCGCUGCUAUCGCCAUCGGUGCCACGGACGACCCAGAUGCCGGGAAGGGGGUGAACCAGGCUGCAGAGGAUUUGUUGAGGACCAUUCCCGGAGUGACGGCGAAGAACGUAAAGUUUGUGGCGGGGAGGGUGGGCAGUGUAAGGGGGCUGUGUGACAUGGGGAGAGAGGAGGUGGAGGAAUUGUUCGGGAAGGAGCCAGGGAAGAAGUGUUGGGAGUUUUUGCAUUGGGGGGAAAGGGGAAGAAGAUGA